AUCAGUUGCAACAAAUUGCAACAUCGAACAUUCAACCCUUUUAUCUUAUUUUUGUUAUGUCUCUAAAAUAGAAGCUUAUAAAUAAUGAAUAGUUCAGUAAUAUUCGGCAUUAUCGACGACAAAAUGAAAGUGCUAACAUCAAUAUUUGUGAUAUCCCUAAUAUGGGGACACAGUUCGUCUUACCUUAUAAAAGUUCCCACUAAGCCAAUACAAGCAAAAACAGCUUCCGUAGAUUGGGUCCAUAUACAAAAACGUAUGAUCCCCUUAUUUGAAAACGUCUGUGAACAAAGCACUAAUGAAAUUGUAGUGCGUUUAGCUGAAGAAUUCAAAAAUGAGCCAACAACCGACGCUUACACAAAAGCAGAUGUUGUGGAUAAUCUACGUAACAUAAAUACUAAUAAGGGCUUGUUACCGAAGGGUGAAAUAUUCAGUGAAUAUAACAUCACUCAUAUGAAUGAACUGAAAGUGAUAUAUGAAAUAUUCUACUACGCUAAAGAUUUUGAUACUUUCUAUAAAGCUGCUUGUUGGGCCCGACAAAAUAUAAAUUGUGGCUUAUUCGUAGACGCUAUUUACUUAGCUGUACUUACAAGAAGAGAUACUUCAAAAAUAUCUCUACCACCUCCUUAUGAAGUCUUACCAAACUAUUUUAUUCAAAGAGAUGUCAUCGUUAAAGCAUCAUAUUUGCUAUCUGGAGAAGAUGUCACAAAUAUUGAAGACAUUAGAGUCGAAAACAAUGCAUAUAUAUUAGCCGCUAACUAUACAAGUAAUGUAAAUGAUGACAAUGAAGAUUUUGAGCUGUCCUACUUCCGAGAAGAUAUUGGCUUAAAUUCUUUUUACUUUUUGAGAAAACUGAUAAAUGCAGCAUGGUUUAAUAUUCCUAGCGAAAUUGGUAAUAAUUAUGGUGAUUAUAUGUUUUUAUUGAUGAAACAGUUUGCAGCCCGGUAUGAUCUAGAAAGAUAUUCAAACGGAUUACAAGAGUUGGAAAGUUUAAAUUUGAAUUCAGUAGCAGAUACUUACAAUCCCAUGCUGAUAUAUUCAAAUGGAAAUGAUUUUGACCAUAGAUCAAUCCCAAUGUCUCUAGAAGAUACAGAUGAUGCUACUUUUUUAAAAACCAUCGAAAAUAAUUUAGCUACAGUUGUUGGUCAUUUAAGACAAGCAGGAUAUAACAAGUCGCAAAUUUUAAAUCAUCUCAUUGAAAUAUUGGUUACUUCUGAUAAGAGUUACGAAAAUAUAGCACGGCGCCUAUGGAGGAAUGAUAUUCAAGUAAAUGAAAGGCUUGGUUCUUGUUUGAGCCAUUAUUUGACUUCACUGCGGGACCCCAUAUUUUGGAAAAUAAAUAAAAAACUUGUAGAAUUAAUCGACAAUGCUCUUGAAAUAUUACCUAGCUAUUCUAGGAAGGAACUAUACUUCCCUGGAGUUGAAGUUUCGAACAUAGAAACAAAAAAGAUGAUAACAUCUUUUGAAAGUUAUCAAAUUGAUGUUACAAAUUCUUUGAAUACAAUACAUGGAAAUACGACUUUUCAAGUUAAAAUAGCACAAAACCGGCUCAAUCAUAAGCCAUUUGUAUUAAAACUAAAUAUAUCAUCGCUUACAACUCAAAUGGGUGUAGCAAAAAUAUAUCUAGGACCAAAAAUCAUGCCUGGUGAAUUUGCGUCAAAGAAAAAUGCAUUUGUUUUAAUGGACAGAUUUGAAUUGAAUUUGAAGCGUGGCAUCAAUGUUAUUUCUAGAUCCUCAGAAGAAAUGAAAACAUUUUCAGGUGACUUUUUAUCCCUCGGAUCCAUAAUUAAAAAAGUAGAAGAUGCUGAAUUUGGAUUAGAUGCCUUACCUUUACAGGAUGUUGAAUGGCAAAUUGGAUACCCUUCUAGAUUAGUUCUCCCAAAGGGUUUACCAGAAGGGCUCCCCUUACAAAUCUUUGUAUUUAUAGCUCCGUUUACAAAGAAUAGCUUGAGUGGAUCUUCCUUAAAUUCAAAUGUUAACUCCAAUACAGCUAGUUUGUCUGCUGGAUAUCCUCUAGAUUUGUUUAUUGAAGAAAAAGAACUAUUUAAUCUUCCGAAUGCUUUAAUGAAAGAUAUCAUUAUUACACAUAAAGAUGGAGCAAAGGCAUCUGGUUACGAUGGUAAAAGUAGUUCAAAGAAUUGGAAUCCCAACAACUCUUUCGAUUCAGCGGGCUUCGACUAUGUAAAUAAAAAUGAAAACAGCUACAGGGACUACAACAAUAAAGAUGGUAAAGAAAAUAUCAAUAAUUUGCUUGACGAAACGCCUAAUUUAUUAGAUAGAACAACUGUUCAUACAAAGCAAAACAAAACUUAUUCUAAGUACGCAGAUGAAAUCCAAAAAAUGGUAAACGAGAAUCAUUUAUCGAAAGUUGGUGGUAAUAUAAAAGGAAACUUGGAAAUUAAAGAUGAUAUCCAAACUAAACAUCUUGAUAAACAAAGAGAAUAUAUUAGAUCUUUCGAUAAAAUACAUAAUUUACUAGGUGAGAGACCUGCGUUUACAUAUAAGAACAGAAGUGGAGAUGAUAAUACAGUAAAUUUAAAUCGAUUUAGAAACAAAGGAAACUUUAGUUCAAGGCAAGCUGGUUUCAGAAAAUAUGAUAUUUCAAAGGAUAGCUUAGUUAAUACUGAAAAUUUUAAUGCUGAUAUAGAUAACAAAAAUAACAAUAUCAAUUUAAUUGAAAAACAACAUGGACUUUUAGGUGGUCAACCAAAAUUUUACUAUGAUAGAGAGGAUAGUAAUAAUAUUGAUACCAAAGAUGAUGUGAUCAAAACUGAUAGAAAAACUAAAUUUAAUAAGCCUAUGCAAAACAAAGUGAUUGUUGAAUUACCCACAAACAGAAUAACUGGCAUACUCAGUGAAUCUUAUGAGAAAACUCACCCCAUAUUAGGAGCUAGAUCAGAUUUUUCAUAUAAAAAAGAUACAACAGAUUAUACUUCAAAAAGGAACCAGUACAAAGAAAAAAGUAAAAAAUAUGGAACAAAACAAUCAGAAGAUAAAAAUGAAGAAUAUUCUUAUACAGUUUUUAAUAGAACAAAUAAAGAAGAAAACCCUCAUUCUCAAAUUAUAGAAAACGAAGAAGAUAAUAUUGAACAAAAUGAGUAUGAAACGUCGAGAAAAUACAUCGUGAAUAAGAAAGAUAAAAAUAACAUAGUAUACAAGAAUGUAUACACGAAAAAAACUACAAAUAAAGGCGAUAAUUUAGAAAAAAAUGAUGAAAUACUUAAUAAAAUCGGCGACAGUCUUACAACCGAAAGAUAUACUACGUUGGUAAAAGAGAUAAUAAAAGACCCUUCAUAUAUAGACACAUACGAUUUAAAAGCGCACGACAUGAACUAUAUGGAAGAUCUGGGUUUCAUAACAUUAAACGGGACCAUUCCAGAAACCCCAGGAAAACGUGCAUCUGUCUACAACUAUUUAUUUAAUAAUAUCCCAGAAGACGAAAUAGUAUAUCAAUAAUAAUACUUACGUAUUUGUAAUUGUGUUUAGCUGAUAAUAAAAUGAGUACUUAUUUGAAGUUUUCAAUAAAUAAUUUCUUUAUUUAUCGAUUUUCAUAUUAUUUCCUAUCAAGUCACAGUCAUU